GCCAGGGGGGAGUGUAUGUGUGUGUGUGCGAGUUUUAGAGCCGGGGCCGCUCGAUGGUGCUGCUGAAUUUUUCCAAGAUGUCGUCGCUGGAACAGAGACUCUCCCGAAUCGAGGAGAAACUGAAGCAGGAGAAUAAAGAAGCGAGGAGGCGGAUCGACCUCAGCAUCGACAUGAGCCCACAGCGCUCCCGACCCAGGCCGAUCAUCGUGAUCCAGCUCAGUCCUGCUCCAGCCCCCUCCCAGCGUGCAGCUUUACAGUUACCGCUGGCCAACGAUGGCGGGAGCCGUUCCUCUUCCUCAGAGAGCUCACCCCAGCAUCACUCAUAUCCCAGCAGACCCCGACAUAUGCUCACGUUGCCCACACCACCAUAUGGCCUGCCGAAAAGCUUGGAAAAUGCUGAAAUAGACCAGAAGCUACAGGAAAUCAUGAAACAGACAGGUUACCUGAAGAUUGACGGACAGCGUUACCCUGCGGAGGUGACAGACUUAAUCAGUGAAGGGGAGAUUGGCAGUGGCACCUGUGGGCAGGUGUUUAAAGUGCGCUUUAAGAAGACUGGUCAUGUCAUCGCUGUCAAGCAAAUGCGGAGGACGGGUAAUAAGGACGAGAAUAAGAGGAUCCUGAUGGAUCUGGAUGUGGUGUUGAAAAGCCACGACUGCCCAUACAUCAUCCAGUGCUACGGAGCUAUAGUCACCAAUACGGAUGUGUUCAUCGCCAUGGAGCUGAUGGGAACAUGUGCAGAGAAGCUGAAGAAGCGGAUCCAGGGGCCCAUACCAGAGUGCAUCCUGGGGAAAAUGACUGUGGCGAUCGUGAAAGCUCUGCUGUAUCUGAAAGAGAAGCAUGGAGUGAUCCACCGAGAUGUGAAGCCCUCCAACAUUUUGCUGGACGCUAAAGGCCAGAUUAAGCUCUGUGAUUUCGGCAUCAGCGGCCGCCUAGUCGACUCCAAGGCCAAGACUCGCAGUGCUGGCUGUGCUGCUUACAUGGCGCCUGAGAGAAUAGACCCUCCAGACCCCAGUAAGCCAGACUAUGACAUCAGGGCCGACGUCUGGAGUCUCGGCAUUUCUCUGGUGGAGCUGGCCACGGGACAGUUUCCUUAUAAGAACUGUAAGACAGACUUUGAGGUUUUGACCAAAGUGCUGCAGGAAGACCCUCCUCUUCUGCCUCUCAGCAUGGGUUUCUCUUUGGACUUUCAGUCUUUCGUUAAAGACUGUCUCACAAAGGAUCACAGAAAAAGGCCAAAAUACCACAAGCUGCUUGAACACAGUUUCAUCCGGCGUUACGAGGUGCUGGAGGUGGACGUGGCGGGCUGGUUCCAGACCGUGAUGGAGCGCACAGAGUCUCCACGCAGCAGCCAGUGCUAUAGCCAACACCAGCUCCACUCACUGUUCAGCAGGUAGCCAGACAGAGAGAGAGAAAGAGAGAGAGAGAGAGAGAGAGAGAGACAGAGAAAGGGAGAUGGAAACAUGGAGCGAUGGAUGGAGAGGGAGAUCUGUGUGUGUGUGAGGGAGCAGGUGGGGAGAGAUAAAGGUGCUAGUUGAAAGUUUAAAGAGAAAAAGACUGAAAGGAAGGGUUGAAGCAAGUGAUUUAUGGACUAAUGGUGAUGAAUGAGUUAAACGUAUGGUGUAAGAGAGAGGUAAAGUUGAGAGCCUGACUGACUGACUGACUGACUGACUGACUGACAGACAGACAGACAUAAAUGGGCAAGUGUGAUAAUGGGUAUAUUUACAACAUGCAUAUGCAUAUAUACAUAUAUUCUUUUUCUUUAUCAUCCACUGGUCUUAUCAGGACGUUAGUUAGUGUUAGCGGUCGCUAGUUUGUGCACAUUCAUUUUUUGAAGCCACAGCGACAAUGGUGUACUACCAAUAUAAGCUACAUAAUCUCUAGUCCACUGUAUAAUUGUAAUGUAAAGCCACAGCUAUGAGCGUUCACAUACUUCAGGCAGUCAUACAUCACGUUCAAACAGUGUAAGCCAUAAGUUGUGUGUGGGGAUGUGUGUGUGUGUGUGAGAGAGAGAGUGUAUGUGAGAGUUAGUGUGUUGCAGUGUGUAGCCGUCUGUAUAUAUCGGUAUACAGAUAGUUGCACAGUAGAGUAGUGUGUGUUCAUAUCGAUAGCAUGUCAAUUAGCACUAUUUGUCCUUCGCAUCAGAUCCUCCAUAGCCCCUUACUCAGGGACUGAACAGAGUAGUCGAACAACACUGAGCCAAGUGUGUGUGCAUGUGUGUAUGUGUAGUACAGGUCUUCUUAGACCUACAUUUUAGUAUUUGUCAAGUCCAACAACAGUACAAAGAAUAGACAUCAGAAAAGGAUUUUGUUAUUUAUUAUUUUUUUUAUGUUUUUUCUUCAUGCUAACACACUUUUUUUUUAUAGUGCUUACUCUCUUUUUUAGAAUUUGAAUUGGUUGAAAGAUUUCAUGUGAUUUUUUUUAUAUAUAUACUUUCAACCCAUUAUUUUAGAUGCAGCAUUGCCAAACAUUGAGUGAUGUUGGCUGUUGAUAAGAUAAAAUACAAAAAAAUUAGCAUAGCUUGUAGACUUUAUCACCUUUAACAUUAACACCACCGCAUUUUCCUACACUUUCUAACUAAUUAUACACUUUAAACUAUAAGUACAGACUGAUAUCCUGUUUGUAUCUGUUUCUCUGCAUACUUUAUUAUUUUAUCCUCCUAUAAUCAUGCUAUUUAAUAUUCAGUAGUAUUUGGGUGGUGGGUCAUUUAUUGCAACGCAGUGAAUAACACGGGCAUACAUGGUGGUGGUUGUGUGUUAGUUAGUAAGUGUGUGUUCCAAUUCUCCAGCAGGGACACUGAGGUGUUUAAAAACUCCAGUAGCACUGCUACUGGACUGUGUCUGAUCUACUUAUACCAGCACAGCACACACUAAAGCCCAAUCCGGGCGGGAUUAGUUUUUCUCAGGGGGUUCUGGGGUAAUUUUCUAUUUUAUGCGGGGGUCGUCUGUGAUUUUAUUCCCGUUCGGAACGACCAUGUAUGUGUUUUUCUCAGAUGUCCUCUGAGAAAGUUACAGGCUAAAUUACCUACGUUUUUUCGAUGAACUCCAUGGUUGUCCGGUAAUUUUAGUCCCAUCCAGCCUCGCAGAGUUUCAUCACGUUUAAUAAAAUAGAUAUUUUGAGAUCUAGGUAAACACAACACCGAGUGGAAAUGGUGGAGCUACUGAAUGCGAUGUCGUGACUAAGAGAGCCAAAAAACUCACUGUUUCUCCUGUUUUUUCAAUUGCAGUCUGGAUGCAGGAGUUUUAUCAUUUGAGUAGAAGUGGGAAAUAUUUUUCACAGACACCCCCUGACUCACCACCCAAAUAAUCCUGCUCUGUUGUGGUCUAUCUUGUGGGGUCCUGACCAUUUGAAGAAUGGGUGAAAAAUGGGAUUAUAAUAAAGUAUUCAGAGAAACUGAUACAGGUCUACUCUGUACUCUGGAAUAGAACUACAAAGUGCUACAACGUGGUAAAAUGAACAGACAGUGUAGGAGGAAUAAAGGGGCACUGUUAUUGUUUUGGGUAGGCAGUGUUUAUAGAUGUAUAGAUGACUCUUUGUAAACACCACAGGAGAGCAAUAGGUAAGUGAGUGAGGGAAUAGACUUGAUAAAGAGAGUCCAUGAUAUUAUUAAUCAAUAUUAUUUAUUGGAAAGAAAAACAUCAGAUUUAACAAUGACCACCUUCUUGGUUGGAGGAAGUAACAGUAAGCGGAUUUCUAUCACUUUACGCAGAAUAAAAUCUGAAAAGAAAGGAAGGCAUAACAAUGAGGAAGAGAACAAACUGAUGUGGUACGUUGUUGCUUUAAAACUUCCCGACUCCAGAACCUACAAAACCAAUUUGCCAUAUAUUUUAUUAAUUCAUUCGACUUUUCUAGUUCAUUCUCACUUCAUUCUCCUUCUGCCUGAUUUUGUUUUCACACAUUACGAGAGUCUUCUUGUGUUCCAGCAAACCAAAGCAAUUUUGAGUUUCACUGCUUUAUUUGACACAACAGCAAGCGGGUCUGACUGCAGUUAUCUCAUCAGGCUUUUGUCAGCACUUCACUUCACUUCAAACACACACACACACGUGCUGUUCUUCGCAGAUAUAUACACGUUUGUUUUUCAGAACCAAAGUUGUAGACCUUGAGACUUCACUGCUCCUCAGAGCCAAAUCACUGCUAAGCUGAAUGAAGAAAUGCUGUGAUAGUAAAAAUGGAGACAGGAAGGAGGAAAAGAAUGUAGAGAAAGGAGAAAUGGUUCAGGUAGAAAAAUAAAACGGGACAUGGUACGUUGACGGGAAAGGUCAGGAUAGUAGAAAAGCACUGGGAGAGUGAGCGAUGAAGGAUGCAAAGGAAGUUGGUAGAGGGAAUUUAAAAAUGGGAUGGAUGGAUGGAUAGAUGGUGUUGACAUUGGAAUAGGGCUGUCAUGGUCCACUAUAUAGCAGUAAUCGAGCAGUGCAAACAAAUAUUGUUUUGCCGAUUAGGCGCGAUUAAUCAAGUUCUGGCAAUUAUUUAGAUGCUUAGUCGAACAAUGCCAAUUAGCCGAUUAGUUGAGUAAUACUGAAUUAAUUAAGUACUUGAGCAAUAAUACCCUCAAGGUUCGUGCUAUAAAGUGUAAUAUUUGCACUGCUGUGCUGUGGUUGUGGUGGUCGAACCUCGAGUCCAUUAUUUAAAAAGAGUUAAAAAGGACAAGAAAAUAUGAUCAGUUUGGUUAUAAAAUCUCAGCGAGUUAAAAUAGUUCCGUUGCUGCUCUGUUUGUAGCUGCACUGUUUGGCUUGUAAGCGCUGCAUGGUUGCUAGGUUACCUGUAUGUGAGCUUCGGUUACAGUGCUUUUUGUGACUAGUUUUUGGCCAGGCAGUGUAUUGUGAUUAUUAAUUUGGCACUGUUAAUUUUGUUAGUUGGGUAAUGCUGAUCAUUUUAAUGAUUAAUUAGGCUACAUUUUUACACUUAUAUUAAUGACUAAUUGAGUCAUAUAAAUAAUGAAUAUUUGGUGGUAGGUCAUGUUAUACUGAUUAUUUUAAUUAUUAAUAAUUUAAUACAGAUAAACUACAGAACUAAAAUUGCUCACCAGGUUUUUUUUAUUAAAUAAUGCUAUUUAGUUUUUUAUACUAUUGAUUAGUACAAAUGAUCUUGAUGAUUAAUCAGGUAAUCACUUUUGUAACAAUGACUAAAAACAGACUCAACAGUAAGAUUUCAUGUAGGACCUUUUAGGGAAAUACUUGUUGAGAAAAAAAAAACUUUACUCAGAAAUAAGUAGGUAAUUAAUUGUGUGUUGUCAAAUGUAAUGGAGUAAUCAUGACAGCCCUAUCUGGGGUGGGGGGAAAAAGGAAUGAUAAAGAUGAAGUCACAUGAGUCACAAAAGGGUAAAUUAAUGUAUGAUUAGAAGGGCUGAGUAAGGUUUUUAGUGGAGGCUUUUUGGAUUGUUUUAAUGCGUUUUUAUGCAGGUUAGGACUUUUUUCACCAAGGGGAAUUGAUCUGCACUGCGCUGUGGCAGGGCGAGCUAGCUGGGCAUUGCAUUGCAAGGUUUUUAAUGGUAUCAUACCAAUGUGCUUUUUUUAUUGCUAGGGACAAAUUAGAUUGCGUUUAUUUUUUACUUUCAUAUUGAUAAUUAUCAAAUCUUUUUUUAAUUAAUUAUUAUAUUUAUUUAUUAUUACUGCUGCUACGUUUGCUUUAGAUGCUGCUGUCAAUUAUUUUGUUCCCCAAAGGACAAUGUUUUUUUUUUUUUUUUGUCUUUUUUGUUAUUUUACUUUUUUCCAGAAACCAAAAAAACGUGAAAAGCUGCAAUGUCUCUACAUUAACCAAAUACAUUUAAGGACAAACACAAAGUUCUGUAAGCAAUGAAAGGAUCAGGAAAGGAGAGUAUGUGUUAUUUAUAUACAUAUAUGUAUUUAAUGGGCAUAUGCAUAGGUUUAUGGUAGAGCAGUCAUCACAGCGCUAACCCAUUCAUGACAUCUCACAACUAGCUAAACGCAACAGGCAGAAGAAGUCACAGUCACAGAAUAGACACAUAGUGGUCAUAUAUAUAUAUAUAUAUAUUAUGAGCUAUAUUUUACAACUCACUGCUAGCAGUAGGUUAAUAGCUGUAGCUGGUUCUGUCCUGACAUUUUUGUAUUACGUAAUUUUACAUAGUUUUUGUGAUUUUUUCUCUAUUUUAUUACAGAAUUAUAAGCAAUCAUUAAUGUACUUUGUUAGGAGGCAUUGUAUUUUCUAAAUUGUAGAAAAAUGUACCAUCUGUAAUUAUAUUGUCACAGUAAGAUCAAACCUUCAUCUUCCUGCAAAGCUUUCUCAUUUUAGAUGCUCAAAAGUAAUUGGACAAAUGAUCCCAAAAUCUAUUUCAUGGGUUCCAUGGGCUAUUCACUCAUUAACCCAUCAUCAGUUGAGCAGGUCUGGGGCUGAUUCCAGGUGUGGCAUUACCAUUUUGCAAGCUGUUGCUGUGAACCCAUAAGGUUCACCACAGGGUUUAAAUCAUUAAUAGAGAAGACAGAUUAGACUUUACUAAAAUGGUUCUAAAACAGCAUUCUUUGGACAGGUGAAAUUAGGAUCAAUUUGUACCGCGAUUUACUUUCUACUUAGAUUCAACCAAAUGCAGCAAGGUUGGUUGCUCAGGGCUUAACAGUGCAGAUGGACAUUGACUCAAAACAUACUGCGAAAGCAACCCAGGAAUUAAAAAAAAAAAAAAUCACCAGAUCUGAACCUGAUUGAGCAGCAUUUCACUCGUUUAAGACAAAACUAAAGGCAGAAAAACCCACAAACCAGCAACAACUGAAGACAGCUGGAGCAAAGGCCUAACAAAGCAUCGUAAUGGAGGAAACCCAGAGUUUUGGGAUGUCAGUGGCUUCCAGACUUCAGCCAGUCAUUGCCUGCAAAAGGAUUCUCAGUUGCAUAUUAAACUUUUUAUUUUAAAACAUAUUAUUAAUGGUAAACUUCAUUUGUCCGUUUCACUUGAGCCCCUGAAAUGACGAGGCUUUGUGGAAAAAUGUCUGCUGUUACUAAACAUUUCAGAGCUUAUUAGUGUUUAACCCCUUGGGCUUAUUGCCACUCCUGCUACAAAAAUUCAAGCAGUUCAGUUUGGUUUGAUGGUUGUGAUCAUUCAUUCUCCUCUGGAUUAUAUUCUAGAGGUUUUCAAUUUGGUAAAAUUAAAGAAACUCAUCCUUUUUAAGUGGUCUCUUAUUUUUUUAUAUAUAUAUUAAGGUUUUGUUUGGACACUGCAGAUAUAUUUGCAGUAAAAGCACUAAAUAUUGCACCUGGGUUAAUCCAUAAACCUUGGGACUAACUCACCAGCCAUGUGACAUGUGAUAUGAUGGUACAUAUUAUUACAUAAAUGAUAAACUGAUGUAAAAUCUACACACUUGCCCAGAAUCUGUAGCUGUGUCAGUUUGUCUGUCAGUCACUUGCUCUUCCUGUCUGUAGACCCAUGACCAUGAAUUUACCCACCAAAGGUGUCAAUAAUAAUGAAACUAAAUCAUCACUUGCUGUGGAUGAAGGCUGAUCAUGCUGAACAUUUUUAUGUUGACAGACGUUGAUGCCUAUUUUCGGCUAGCGAGGUGAAGGGGUGGGGGUGGUUUGGGGUGUUGGGGCUGCUUACUAUAGUUUCUAUGCUUGUUUCUAAGCUGUCUCUCACACACAUAUAUACACACAUUAAUAUAUAGACACACAAAAGUAGGGAUUUCAGAUCCUUCUAAGCCCUCUGAAACCAAAAUGAAUGAGAACAUUAAUCAAAGCUUUCAAUGCUAUUAUUUCUAGGGGUCUCUUAAAAAUUUUACCAUUUGUCGUGCUGAAGCACACACAAACAUUAAUACAUACAUACAUGUACACAAAGACACACACACACAGCUUGUAAAAUUGAGUGGGAAUGAUCUUUGUUUUUGACUGUAAAGACACUUUUUUUGUGUAUGUAUUUAUUUUAUGAUUUUUCAGUUGUAUUUAAUUCUAUUUCCUUUACUUGCUUUACUUCAGUUUAGAAGUUGAUGUCAGAGUUCAAAACGUGUGUGUUUGAGAGAGAGAGAGAAGGUUCUAUCCUUACACUAUUUAUGUACCUUUUUUUAACACCAGUAGCAGUACAUGACCUCAAACAUGGAACAUAAAGUACACACAAGAGUAAAUACUAGGGAUGCACAGAAUAUUUGGCAACCUUGAUUAUUCGUCAACUGAAAGAAUUCUGGAACUGAAACCAAAAAAACAAUGGGAAAAAAACAUUCAUUGUUUCAUUGUUCAGCAAAAGUGAAAAGACUGAAUAAUUUAUAACGAACAAAAACUAUUUGGAAGACGCAAUCAAAUUGCAAACAGUUGGAACAAAAAAAUAUUAAAUUGUUCAGUAAAUAAAUGUUAAUAAUUUUUGUAUGCAAGACAAAAAUUACCCUAAAAACAGUUUGAUAUUCUGCAAAAUGUUGCAUUUAUUCGGUUUGGGUUUUGGUCAAAAAUUUACAUUUCUGUACAUCCCUAGUAAAGAUGGUGUUUGCUGCUGCUGCUUCAAUAGACGGAGCAUUAGAUCUUACGUAUGGAACUACAUAGGUGUGUGGAUGUGUGUGUUUGUGGCAGUGGUGUUACUUUACUUUCUUUUAUUCUUUGGGUUUUUUUUUCUUUGGUGCUCAGGCAUGUACUCCUCUAUUGCAGUAUGAUGGAAGUUUUUGAUUUUUGUUGAAUUUGCCCAUCUGUAAUUAAACCAAAUAUUCACUAUGCAGUCAGUCAGUCACUCAAAUUAAGUCAGCUUGCUUUACCACCCCUAAAGUCUCCUGUAUAUAAACAUAACAUACCACACAUCAUCAUACAGCGCAACUACAGAUAGAUCCACACAAGAUCAGUCUGUAGAUCAAACUUCUCACCUUCAUUUUUUAUCUGUUUAUUUUCUCCUGAAAAGCGAGUGAAUGAAUUUAAUGUGUAUAUAUAUAUAUAUUAUUUUCUUUUGCCUUCAGCUAGUGGAAAGAAAAUUCAUAAUUUGAUAGAAAGAAAAGUGUUUUAUUCUUUUCUGUUUUGUUUUUUUGUGUUUGAAUGAGCUGGCAAAUAUUUAAGGAUUGUAUUGGGUGGGCACGGUUGGGGUGGGAUGGGGUGAGUGGGUGGGUAACAGAGUUAUACUGGGCUCAUACUGGGGGGUUAGUUUGUCCAGUGCUGUAAGUAUAUCAAUUGCAUGUUAUGAUCUCGGAUGUAACUGCCAUUGAUUUUAGACUUGUUGUCGGGAGGGAAACUAGGGCGAGGGGCAGGGCCUAAAACUUUAUCUUUAUUUAUGAUAUAUAUAUAUUCUGUACCUUUUUCUUUUUGAAAAAUGUUUGUUUUGAGAAAAAGACACACUUUUGCCUUUUUACAUCUCCUUACCUUGUUUUAAUCUCUUUUUUUUUGGGGGGGGGGGCGAUAUUAUAUUUUUACUUUUAUUAUUGUUGCUUGAUUUCAAGCUGUUUGUAUAGGUUCGAGAUCUGUCAUGUCUUUUGUUGGUAACGUGUCAUGCUAGCAGUUUUAAGUGCGGAUGGAGUAAAAAAAAAAAAAUGAACGUCUUUUAUAAGUUUAGGAAACCAAAUUAUCCCCCCCCCCCUCCUCAGUUUGUCCAUUGCAACUUUUUUGUUUUCGUGUCCUUUAUGUAUCUUUUUGCUCUUUUAUUAUAUUAUUACUAUUAUCUUCAGGGUUAAUAUCACACCAAAUUGUUAAGAGAGAGAGGAGGGGCAUAGAUUUGUAAAGAUUUAAGUCUUUCUUCAGGAACAUCUUGUCAAAGGUGUGUCUCUUUUUCUUUUCAUUUCACCCUGUAACGUUGAUGUUUGUUCUUUAUUUUUUUUAAAGAGUCUGUUGACCAUGAUUUAUUUCAUCCCGGGUUUAGCUCCUAUCAUCCGUGUGUAGCUGGCUAGGUUUCACUUUCUUGAGCCGUUAUAAUGCUGUAUAGAGCUAAAUGGUUAGAAUGUGUCUUUUAUUAUGUGCAAAUGUCAUCCUUCAUAGCUGCUCUUGCACUGGACUUUUUUUUGUAUGAUGUGAUGAAAACAAGUCCGUUUAAAGCCACCGAUUUCCCAGCAUUGCCUGGAUUGGAAUAAGCAGCUCUGUUUUAAAUGGGCUAGUCUGCUUUCAUGUGUACAAUGAUCAUUUUUGUCUAUUUACCUGUAAAAAGAAAUUGGUGUCAGUGGUUAGCUUGGAGGCUGUUGGUUUGCUGUUGUUGGCACCUCUGUGACUCCAAUCCCAAUACUGUAAAAUAUCACUGAGCGACUUUCACUUUCGUGCCAACAGCAACUGUAAUCAGAGCGCUUCAUUUUUCUAGUUGAACACUAGAAUUGUCUGUCUAUUGGGAUUAGUUUCAUUUGAAGUAAUACAAGAAAAUAAAGCAAAGUUUAAGUGUCAUCAUCCAAGCUUUUUUUUUUCUUUACAGCUUGGAUUAUUUAUUUAUUUUUUGCCAUCUUAAAUUACUCAAGAACAAAAAAAACUAAAAUCCCAAACUCUUGUUUUAUGCAAGACACAACCAUAACAGCUUUAUUGUAGCUUGUGUGUUUCUUUCCAUUAUUUAAUUUCUACCCCUUUUAGUCUCUUUCAGUUUCCUCAAUAUUUCAAAUGAAAUAAAUGCCAUUAUAUUGUGAAUACCUCAGGAUUUUUUUGAGAAAAAGAAAAAAACGUUUAAAAACUUAAAACAAAUAAAUAAAAAAAAAUCUUCCAACCAA